AUGGGGUUGCUCCGGGUCCUGUUGCUCCUCCUGGUUGUGGCCGUGCUCCUACUUGUGGCCUUCCUGCAUGUUGACAAGGAACUGUUUUGGCCCAUGCUCAGUGGUGAGCCUGAGGAUCCCCCUGUCACCAACAUCAUGUUCCUCAAGACCCACAAGACAGCCAGCAGCACCGUGCUCAACAUCCUCUAUCGUUUCGCCGAGUCACACAACCUGUCCACUGCACUGCCGGCCGGCGGCAGAGUCCACCUGGGCUAUCCCUGGCUCUUCCUGGCCCGCUACGUGGAGGGUGUGGAGGAGGCUGGCCCUGGCGCCAGGCGGCGCUUCAACAUCAUGUGCAACCACAUGCGGUUCAACCUGCCUGAGGUGCAGAAGGUGAUGCCUGAGGAUACCUUCUACUUCUCCAUCCUCCGGGACCCGGCUCACCAGCUAGAGUCGGCCUUUACCUACUACAAGGGCUAUGUGCCGGCCUUCCGCAAGGUCAAGACGCUGGAUGCGUUCCUGGCAUCACCACAGCACUUCUACGGCGAUGGGCAGAUGUUGAGCAAUGCGUACGCACGCAACAACAUGUGGUUCGACCUGGGUUUCGACCACAACGCGCCACCUGAGGAGGGCUAUGUGCGCGCGCGCCUGGCCGAGGUAGAGCAGCGCUUCCAGCUGGUGCUCAUCGCAGAGCACUUUGACGAGUCAGUGGUGCUGCUGCGGCACCUGCUGCGCUGGCGCCUGGACGACGUGGUGGCCUUCAGGCUCAAUUUGCGCAGCCAGCGCACUGUGACCCACCUGGCGCCCGAGAGCCGCGAGCUGGCACGGCGCUGGUGUGCCCUCGACUGGCGCCUGUACCAGCACUUCAACCGUACGCUGUGGGAGCGCCUGUAUACCGAGCUGGGCCCGCAGCGCCUGCGCACUGACGUGGCCCGGCUGCGUGCACGGCGCCUGGAGCUGGCUGAGCUGUGCCUGCAGGAUGGUGCCCCGCAGAACCAGGCACUCAUCACGGAUCGGCUGCUGCAGCCCUUCCAGUCAGGCCAGGCCGACAUCCUGGGCUACAACCUGCGGCCUGGGCUGGACAACGCCACGCUGCACAUGUGCCAGAGGAUGGUGAUGCCUGAGCUGCAAUACAUGGCCCAUCUGUACUCACAGCAGUUUCCGGAGAAGCCCCGCAAGGUCAUCCCCUUCCUGGAAGGGUAGCUGAUGCAGGUGCAGGGUGGGGUGUUGAGGAGGCCAUCCACGGGCCUUCUUUACCAUGUCUCCAGGCCAACCAGAGCAGCGGGUGAGAAGUGACCCUG